AUGGACACGGGACCCAAAAUUGAAAAUGCUUACUUUGUGAACAACGAGGGCUGCAAAAUGAUUGCACUGGAUGUGACGAGCCCCGAGAUACAGGGCCACAUGACCAAGCCACCUGGAGAGUACACGUGUGACGAUGAAACCUGGUUCGGUGCGAAUCUCCGGAAUGGCAACUGGUACCUGGAGCUGAUGCGCGACAUUGAUCAGAUCCUGAUUGAGCACAACAUCGAGAGUGAAACUAGCAUAGAGUGCGAGUACGAUCGAUUCGAUGGGAAGAGCGACAGUCAACUUGAGCACUACAGACCGGUUAUAUUCAAUCUGACACAUCCAUACCGCUGGGAGGUGGGACCGGCCAUUUAUCUACGUGUCUUUUGCUACAAUUCCAAGAAACUACUCCACGAAGAUGUGCAUUUCUUCAUUCAACCACCGCCGCAAGAAUUACUUGUGAAACCAAACAGCUUGAAGAAAUGGGGAAAAGCCAAUAUAGCUGAACCCGAAGAGCCGCUUAUUUCGGUGAUGAUCCUGGGAUUGGAUAGUGUUUCCCAUCUGAACUUUCUGCGCCAAAUGCCACGUACUGCUUACUAUAUACGCAAUGAAAUGUCUCACGUGGAAUUUUGGGGCUACAACAAGGUCGGUUUGAAUUCCUUUCCGAAUCUGAUUGCCAUGUUGACGGGUCAGAGUGAGGAGGAGAAUGAAAAUUAUUGGAAGCCCCAAAAGCGCAUGGACGAUUGCCCUGUGAUUUGGAAGGACUUUAAGCAGGCUGGCUAUAAUACAACCUUGGGUGAAGAUUAUCCUGAAUACAGUCUGUUUAACUUCUUGAAGCCUGGAUUCGCCUCAAUGCCAACUGAUCAUUAUCUGCGUCCAGUAGUGAAUACCAUGUUGAGGGUCUUUAGCACAGAGUCCAUUGCCUGGUGCUCGGCUGGCCGCACACUCACGGAUAUUUUGCUGGAGAUGGUUGAGAGCCUGCUGCCCCACAUGCAAAGGCAUCCCUUCUUCUCGUACUUUUGGUGGGGCCAGGGCUUCCAUGACUACUUCAAUUUUCCUUCCUUAGUCGAUCAGCGCUUUGCGGGGCUAUUGAGGCAUCUGCAUGAUACAGGAAUCACCAACAAUACCUUUAUAUUCUUCAUGUCGGAUCAUGGCUCGCACUGGGGCUCGUUCCGGAAGACCUUUCAGGGUAUGCUGGAGGACAAUCAACCCAUGCUGUUCACGCUCUACCCAAAGUGGAUGAAGGAACGCUAUCCGCUGGCCAUCAAGAACCUGGAGAGCAAUAGCCACAGUCUGAUUACGACAUACGACAUCUACGAGACCAUGAGGGACCUCCUCCACCUGGAUUCAUUGCAGGAGAGUCGCCUCAAGCAGAAGUCAAGUCUCUUAUGGAAGAAGCGCGGUUCUGAAACACCCCGUGGCGUCAGCCUCUUCCUGCCAGUGCCCACGUGGCGCACUUGCAACACCUCCAACAUCCCCGUCAUACAUUGUUUGUGCCACGAGCUGAAACCUGUGCAGGUGAAUGCUCGAGAAGUGCAGCUUGCCGCCGGCAAAGCAGUUCUGUCGAUCAAUAAGCUGCUCGAAACCUAUCAGAUGUGUCAUCAGCUCCAGCUCAAGAACGUUGUUAGCGCCUACUCAUCGACCCCUCAUAUGACACAAGAACAUGAUAUGAGGGACAUCACUGUGCGCUUCCAAACGAUUCCAGGCGAUGCUUACUUUGAGUCCACCUACCGGAUGACGGGUGGUGUAUUAUCCCUGGCUGGAGAUAUCCUCCGCAUCGAUGAUACUAGCAACUCCAACAGUAACUGUAUUAGCGAGCUCGAGCUGGAACCCUACUGCUAUUGUGCAUUUUAA